UCCCCGGCUUUGCUCUUCUAGAGGACAGAAAGUGCAGGGACUUUGGACUUCCGCAGCAAAAUAAGACUAAUGUCAUAUAAAGUGUUCAUCUGGAAAAACGUCAGCGUCCCAAAACGCUGGUAUAAUGUGCGGCCAAGUCAGUCAGCAAGACCCACAGCGGAGUGAGCCCCUGACUUUGGCCGGAGCUGGGAGAGAAUGGCUUUUUGGCAGAUGUCUUCUUGAGACGGAGCAGCACGAUUCAUGACUCUGGAUUCUCCCAGAAGGAGGAAGAAAGGAAGCGUGAAGGAAGGGCUCUAAAUGAGAAUAUGGCCAAUGGCAUUGAAGAUCUGAUUGGGAUCCCUUUCCCGAACCACAGUAGCGAAGUCCUUUGUGGCUUAAAUGAGCAACGGCACAAUGGUCUCCUCUGCGAUGUCAUUCUCAUUGUCCAGGACCAAGAGUACAGGACCCACAAGUCCGUCCUGGCUGCCUGCAGCCAAUACUUUAAGAAACUCUUUACUACCGGCACUUUAGCAGACCAGCCCUAUGUUUACGAGAUUGACUUUGUCAAGCCUGAAGCACUUUCGGCAAUCCUAGAGUUUGCCUAUACCUCAACCCUCACCAUCACGACUUCCAACCUCAAACACAUCCUCAAUGCGGCCAAGAUGUUGGAGAUCCAGUGCGUCAUCAACGUUUGCCUCGAAAUCAUGGAGCCUGUUGAGGAGGAGGAAGAGGAGAAAGAGGAAGAGGAGGAAGAAGAGGAGGACGAUGAUGAAGAGGAGGAGGAGGGGGAAGUAGAAGACUUUGCAGACCAGAACUUAGCAGAUGUCCAGGACGUCAGCUGUCACCAAAGUCCUUCGAAAUCUGACCUGAGUGAAGACGUGUACACAGAAAGUCCAAGUGGGUUCAACAACCACUUCCCGUCCAACAGUGCUAAUGGAUCCCUGGGAGUGAUAAGAGACUUCUCCAUUGAGUCCCUCUUGAGGGAGAACCUCUACCCUAAAGUUGGCAUUCAAGAACAGAGACCACCUCUGUCUCCAUUUGCGCCUGACCUCUUUCCUCACCUAUGGAAUGGAGAAUUCAGUCCCUUUUCCCAAAUGGAAGAGCAGCAAUUGGACAACGGCCCCUUAGAUCUAGUGAUCCGGAAGAGGAAGAUCAAGGAAGAAGAGAAAGAGGAUCCUCCCCCGGCACAGUUUCCCAAUGACAUCUUCAAGGACAUGUUUGCCAGCAAUCCGGCGGGUCACAUGGGACACAUUAAGGCCGAAACCGAUUACGGCGCUUAUCUCAACUUCCUCAGCGCCGCCCACUUUGGGGGAAUCUUCCCGCGGUGGCCAGAGGAAAGGAAGAUCAAGCCCAAGGCUUCACAACAGUGCCCCAUUUGCAACAAGAUCAUCAUGGGCGCAGGGAAGCUGCCUCGGCACAUGAGAACCCAUACGGGAGAGAAGCCAUAUAUGUGCAAUAUCUGUGAAGUCCGAUUUACCAGGCAAGACAAGCUGAAGAUCCACAUGCGCAAGCACACUGGAGAAAGGCCCUACCUCUGCAUCCACUGCAAUGCCAAAUUCGUCCACAACUACGACCUGAAGAACCACAUGCGCAUCCACACAGGCAUCCGGCCGUACCAGUGCAAGUUCUGCUACAAGAGUUUCACCCGCUCGGACCACCUGCACCGCCACAUCAAGCGCCAGAGCUGCCGGAUCUCCCGGCCCAGGAGGGGGCGCAAGCCGGCCGCCUGGAGGGCCACGAGCUUGUUGUUUGCACAAAAUGGCCCGCCGGACUCGAAAAACUUCCUGAUGCCGCCAGCUCUGGAAGAGAUGGGCAGCCAUCUUGGCAGCGCAGGGAUGUGCCUUCCGGGCCCCAGCCCGAAGCAUUUUAUGGACGGGGCCAAGAACGCUCUGAAUUUACAAGAGCUGGAGAGCCAGUUUGAGGAGACCCACAUGAAGCUGUUUGGGAGGACGCACCUCGACAUGGAGCGGAACGGCGGGAUCUUCACCUUUGCCCUGGGCCCCGGUGACAGCCUCUCAGCGCGGCCAUAUUUCUCGCUCCCUGAUCCGUGGAGUACGGGGUUUAGUGGACUGGCAGGACUCAACCACCUGGCCCCCAUUUCUGAACCUAGCAACUGAGUCACCUGCUGUCCGGUCCAGCGGAUGGUUUUGGCUGCAGAAGGUUGCGUGGUCUUCAAAACUGCUGCAGAUCCCAUUCCCCAAGGAUCCUACUUCCCAAGGGACCCUUCGCCAAGGACUUUUCUUUCUGACUAGGAGACCACGUGGGAAAUUAUCCCGUCCCCACGAACUGCCUCCCCCUCUUCCUUGUCCACGAAAUGGCGUCUUUGCAGCUCACGAGUUGAGGGAAGGGGAAAGGGCAACCGGACCUUUUCAAAAACGGCGUCAGACUUUUCCACCCUUUUUUAAACAAAACAAAAAAAUAUGUACAGGCAUCUUUCCGAACAACUGUUUUGCAGACAUUCGUUUCCUUCGGCAGGUUUCUUUUCCCCCUUUCGGUCUACGAUUCGGAGUCCUUGUAAAAUAUCCAAAGAUUCAGAGUACUGUAUGAUCUACACGUACUUGAAGCAAAAGGGGCGAUUUCUUUUUCUUUUUUUUGCUAACGUUUCCUGUUUUGUUGGGAUGGGCUGCGGUGGGGAGGGUGGGAAAUCCUUUGGAAUUUUUUCUAUUUAUAAACUAUUUUUAUGUGAUUGCUUUAUGUAAAGAAAAAAAAGAGGGAAAGAAUAAGAGAGAGAGAGAAUGAGAAAAACCCACAUAAAACAGUUUUGCCUUAGUUAAUCACAGGACAAUCAUCCUUACCUUUUGUCGAAGUGGCAGAUUUUUCUUUUGAAAGAUAAGAGAAGUUCCUUUUACGUAUUUAUUAAGCAGUAUUAAUUGAUUUUAUUAAAUUAUUGGCAACAA